GCGGGUUCGCAAAGGAAGCGGUGCGCGUCGCGUCGGAAGACCUCUCGAAUCUGCCUGUUUGUGGGUGUGCGUGUGUGUUUGGUGGAAAGUUUCGUUCCGUGGGAAAGUUUUUCCAAUUUUUGUUGAGAGUUGAGGAAAGAAAAUUUGUCGGGGUCGAGAAGGGCGUAGGUGAAGUGGGGGUUUGGUCCCCGGUGGGGGUAGUGAAGGUGACCAGGCUGCAGUUCCGGAAUAGAUUGCAACAGCUUCGUUGCGGGAGAGUUGAGCCUCAUAAAUACCGUGAACUGGAUUAUGUCGACGGCCCUCAGGGAUAAAGAGGGCGUUGGAGGGGCGUUGCGGCAACUUCCGGAAGAAACGAGCUGUAUCGGAAUCAUUGGGCACAGUGCUAAAGUGGAUAAUUGAGAGUGAUGUUGGGGUGAUACUUCCGGGACGACUGCCAGACGAGACGAAGAUGACAUCUGCGACAUCAUGCGGCGGUUCUCUCAUAGUGUCAGGGUGACAGAUGUUCGACUUGGUUUUUUGCUCCUCGGAGCAACAUGAUGGAACUAAUGUGGAUUAAUUGACCUACUGGAAGGAAGAAGCUAGCACGUCAUGAGAAUCCCCUACUACUGCCCGAAUCAACCGCAACUUCGACAGCAUCGUGCCUGCGACGUCGACCGUCGGUAUGCAGAAAGGUCGCCCAGCAAGGCUUGCUUCGUCGUAGUCGUCGACGACACUUUCGAUGAUGGGGUUGCAGCAGCAGCAGGAACAUCGGCAUGUGUGGGUGGGGGUGGCUAAAAACCACCCACCACUCUACAGCUGGGGCCACUACCACUGAGAGAGUACCACAAAAACCACUUUUGGCUGGUUUCGCUCCGUGAAUGACAAUCAUUAGAUAUUGCUGCGCUCGUAGAGUGGUAGUUUUGGAUGUGCUUCGUGCUGUCGGUGGUUUGCUAGCUAAUUAAUGGGCCUUUUGAUGAAAUUUGAAUGAAGUGAUUAAUUAAGGUGAUGUCAAGUGUACAAAUUUCGGGCAAAAGCUGCUAAUUGGAAUGCUAAUCGGCGGAAAAGGGUGAAAUUUUGGUGCGAUUUGCUUUGGCUUAGUACCACGUGCGUGUGUGUGGGAGCAGAAGGGGUGGAAGUUUGUAGGGAGUUGUGUAGUGUGAAAUGAGCAAAUUCCGUAUCAGCUACAGCGCCUUGGGUAUGUCUGAGGAAGCGUCAACCAACGGUUCACCAACCGGUAGUUGGAAAGCGUUACGAAAUGUUAAUUUUCCCCCAGAAACCUAUGAUGGGACGCCGGGUUCCGGACGGGGUAGCGUCGAGGGAGGAGGAGGUGGGGUUGGAGGUGCUGGAGCAGGUGGAGGAGGCAGCGUCGGAGGAACGGGCGGCUCGCGACGGGGGUCCAAGUUCUUCCAGCGGCCGCGGUCCAUGUCGGCGUGGAGUGACAUUAGCCGGAGCAGCAUGCGGUUGGAUGAGAGAGUACGGGUAGAAUAUUAUGUAAAUGAAAAUACAUUCAAAGAAAGACUGCAACUAUAUUUUAUAAAGAAUCAAAGAUCAAGUUUAAGGAUACGUAUUGCUAAUUUACUAUUUAAGUUACUAACUUGCAUUUUGUACAUAUUUCGAGUAGUGUCGGACCUAGAUCCAACGUUUGCAACUUGCUACGGCUGCAAGGUGUCAAACAAAACAGAGUUCCUGGACUCGGCCAAACUGACGGAGGAGGAGUUCCAGGAGAAUCCGAUCAUCAACUGGGACGCGAUCCUGUGGGUGAACCGGUCCACGGAGCUGUGGGCGGUGCAGCUCGUCCUGGCGCUCGUUUCGCUCACGGAAGCGCUGCUGAUUGCCUACCUCGGGUACAAGGGCAAUAUAUGGCAGCAGAUUUUAUCAUUUCAUUUUAUUUUGGAACUUGUUACAACGAUACCGUUCACAAUUACGAUUUUAUGGCCUCCGUUCAGGAACUUGUUCAUUCCAGUGUUUCUCAACUGCUGGCUCGCAAAACGUUCCUUGGAAAAUAUGUUUAAUGACCUGCACCGGGCGAUGCAAAAGUCCCAGUCUGCCCUGUCCCAGCAGCUGACAAUCCUGUCGGCGACCCUACUGUGCUUAGUCUUCACAAGCGUCUGCGGCAUUCAGCACUUCCAGCGGGCCGGCCACCGGCACCUGAACCUGUUCCAGAGCACCUACUACGUGGUGGUGACGUUCUCGACCGUCGGCUACGGUGACUUUGUGCCGGACAUUUGGCCCUCGCAGCUCUACAUGGUGAUCAUGAUCUGCGUGGCGCUGAUUGUGCUACCGACUCAGUUUGAACAGCUGGCCUUCACGUGGAUGGAGCGGCAGAAGCUCGGCGGCAGCUACUCGUCCCACCGGGCCCAGAGCGAGAAGCACGUGGUCGUGUGCUCGACGACGCUUCACGCGGACACCAUCAUGGACUUCCUGAACGAGUUCUACGCCCAUCCGCUGCUGCAGGACUACUACGUGGUGCUGCUGAGCCCGAUGGAGCUGGACACGACGAUGCGGAUGAUACUGCAGGUGCCGAUCUGGGCCCAACGUGUCAUCUACAUUCAGGGCUCCUGCCUGAAGGACGGUGACCUGGCCCGGGCCCGGAUGGCGGAGGCGGAAGCGUGCUUCAUCCUGGCGGCACGCAACUACGCGGACAAAACGGCCGCCGACGAGCACACGAUCCUGCGCUCCUGGGCGGUCAAGGACUUUGCCCCGAACAUCCCCCAGUACGUGCAGAUCUUCCGGCCCGAGAACAAGCUGCACGUCAAAUUUGCCGAGCACGUUGUCUGCGAGGACGAGUUCAAAUACGCGUUGUUAGCGAACAACUGCACGUGUCCCGGGGCGAGUACGCUGGUGACGCUCCUGCUGCACACGUCAAGGGGACAAGAGGGCCAACAGUCGGCGGAGGAGUGGCACCGGCUGUACGGCAAGUGUUCCGGAAACGAGAUCUACCACAUCGUACUCGGCGACAGCCGGUUCUUCGGCGAGUACGAGGGAAAGAGCUUCACGUACGCCAGCUUUCAUUCGCACCGAAAGUACGGCGUUGCCUUAGUUGGUGUUCGGCCGGCCGAGUUACCAGAGUUUUACGAGGAGACGAUUCUGCUGAAUCCGGGCCCUCGACAUAUCAUGAAAAAGGACGACACCUGCUACUACAUGAGCAUCACCAAGGAGGAAAACUCGGCCUUUGUGGUGAACCAAAAUCAAACCCAAAGUCCCGACCAACCUCCGAAAGAGACGACCUACGCCGAGAGUGGGCUCCUGACCACGUCCAACGCCAACACCAUCACCGUAUCGGACUCGAAGCAAAACCUCAAGGAGGCCCUCCCCGGCACGACGCCGGCCACCCCGGCCUCGGUCACGACCCAGUCUUCGCUGGGACCGCCGGCCAUCACCACGGCGAACCACCUGGAGAUCCCGUCCAACAACAACCCGAACCUGCUCAGCCCGGACGUCCUGAACCAGCGACGGGGGAGUCGGAGACCGUCGAUCCUGCCCGUGCCGGACAUGUUCACGUCUUCGUCGUUCAGCAUAUCCGGCGAGGACGGCAUCGACGGCGAGGACAACGAGAGCGACGACGAGUUGGACGAUGACGUUCCGUGGAGGGCGCCCUCGGAGAAGAUCGCGAUUGUCAAAGGUUUCCCGCCCGUUUCACCCUUCAUCGGCGUCAGCCCGACGCUUUGCUUCCUACUCAAGGAGAAGAAGCCCCUCUGCUGCCUUCAGCUUGCUCAAGUCUGCGAACACUGCAGUUACCGUAACGCCAAAGAGUACCAGUGGCAGAACAAGACCAUCAUCCUGGCCGCCGACUACGCCUCGAACGGCAUCUACAACUUUAUCAUCCCGCUGCGGGCGCACUUCCGCUCGAAAACCUCGCUAAAUCCGAUCAUUUUGCUGCUGGAACGGCGACCGGAUAUAGCCUUCCUGGACGCCAUCUCGUACUUUCCACUGGUUUACUGGAUGUUGGGUUCCAUAGACUGCUUGGAUGAUCUGCUGCGUGCUGGGAUCACGUUAGCCGAGAACGUGGUCGUUGUAAAUAAAGAACUGUCAAACUCGGCCGAGGAAGAUACGCUGGCGGAUUGUAACACAAUCGUGGCGGUGCAAACCAUGUUCAAGUUCUUCCCCAGCAUCCGCAGCAUCACCGAGCUGUCGCAGAGCUCGAACAUGAGGUUCAUGCAGUUCCGGGCGCACGACAAGUACGCGCUGCACUUGAGUAAGAUGGAGAAGCGAGAAAAAGAGCGCGGAUCGCAUAUAUCGUACAUGUUCCGGCUUCCAUUUGCCGCCGGGAACGUCUUUAGCGCGUCCAUGCUCGACACCCUACUGUAUCAGGCCUUCGUCAAGGACUACGUCAUCACGUUCGUGCGGUUGCUGCUCGGGAUCGACCAGGCCCCCGGCAGUGGCUUCCUAACCUCGAUGAAAAUCACCAAAGAUGACAUGUGGAUCCGCACCUACGGCCGGCUCUACCAGAAACUCUGCUCGACGACGUGCGAAAUCCCGAUCGGCAUCUACCGCACCCAGGAAACCAGCGCCUCGGAAGCGUCACAGAGUAACUCACCCGUCGCCGAAAAAUGGCGACCUUUCGGAUCGUUCGGCAUUAGACAUUGUGUGCGGUUGCGACCAACGUACUCAAUCAAUAUGGCGGACGAAGCGCGCGACAACCACAUGCAACAGAUCGAACGGGCGGAGAUUGCCAACCUGGUCCGAAGUCGCAUGGAAUCGUUGAACUUGCCCAGCAUAGACUACGAUGACGUGAGCGAGAAGCGGAACCACCUGUCGUACGUCAUCAUCAACCCGUCCUGCGACUUGAAGCUCGAGGAGGGGGACAUCAUCUACCUGGUCCGACCCUCGCCCUUCUCCGCCCAGAAAACGUUCGAACGGCACAACUCGCGGCGCAAGUCCAACAUUUCGUUCUGCUCGAACAUCAACCUGGCGGCGGCGGCGGCCGGUUCCCGGCGCGGAUCGGGCAUCGGACUGAACACCAUCGGUGGCCCUCAGUCGAUGUCAGGUUACGUAACGCCCCGAGCUCCCCCGCUGGUCACAACAAAAUCGAACUCUUUGUCUCUUCCAGAUAGUCCUAAUGCGUUGGGACAGAUGAGGGGGCGAAGCAAUUCGCUCAGGAUCGACAGUGACAUUCUACUGCGGCGUUCCAACUCGCUCCGGCAGGGACUACCCAACAUCGGCAACUCGGGCCGGCGGAAAUCGUCGCUGGAGGAGAUUGGCAUAAGCCACUUUGCGACGCUGAUGCAGGCGGCGAACCUGAACCCGAUCAAGAUCGCCCUCAACGGAAGUAUAGGACUGGAGCACUGCGCUAAUCCCUCCUUCCAGGUGACCCCUCCGGAGGAACCUCUGCCGGUAAUUGGCGUUCCGGUGCCCACGGGCAGUGGCGGUGGCGUGAAUCCGUCCACGCUGGGCUCAACCAUGGGCGGAUCGACGCUCGGCCUGAGUACGAUCCACGACUCCAACGGCGGCGGCGGCAGCGGAAAUGGUCGCAACGGCAACCACGGUGGCCUCGGUCCGGGCGGGCUCGUCGGUGGAUCAACCUCGAACCUGGCCACCCUGCGGGAGAACGAAUCGAGCUCGCCCUCGUCCGGCGGUGGUGGUGGUCCCGGCGGUCAGCAGCACCUCCACGGAACGAUAGUAUGAUAUAACUUAAUGUGGGGCCGUAGGCUCCGCUCGGCGGUGCGAAACAACAAGUGGAUAUAGAACUAGCCUCACACCCGUAGCAGCAGCAGCGGCGGACUACAGAAGACGAUUCUAGAAGCAGUUUCCGCUGCACCAACCAAAACUCAGUUAGAUCGCUCGCCGAACGCGGACAUCAGCAGUUACUAUACUAAACUUCAACUGGUAGCUACUUUAGGUUUCAUUAACGAUCAUCAUCGCACAUCUUCUGCGACGCUACAGAGAACAAUCAGCAGACAAGGUUCCUCUUUACUCAGCAACAUCAACCAACCAACAACCAACAGCCAACACAUCCAGAACAAGUAGAACAACAAUUAGUCAGCACGCUGCACAACGAGUUACGAGGAACGCGCAAAAUCCAUUGAGGUCUGGCACCCAAAUCAUAAAAAAGAAGAAAAACAAAACAACUAGACAAACACUACCCAUUAGAAAGGACAACAAAAGUGAUCGAAACUAUCGAAUCGUACGGCGCGGUUUGCAAGGUGACAUUCAAUGAAUGUAAUAAUUAACAAGUAAAACAUGCACACACAUACACACAUCAUUGGGAACAACAACAACAACAGUAAAGCAAACGGCAUGUAAAGUGAAUUACUCUUAACGAACGAAUUGUAAAUAUAAAACAAAAACAAAAAAAAAACACUGUGACCGGUCGGAAAAAUUAACAACAGCAAACAGCUCGGUGUGUGUAACAAUAGUUAUUAAUUAAAAGAAAUGGAAGAAAGAAAA